AUGGCGGCUGUCAUGAUUGCAAGCUCGAUCAAAUUACUACGCGAAAGUUUACCUAUAAAAACUUACUGGUAGAUUUCAUUCAACUGAAGAUACAUGCGUAAAGAUGAGUUCUGUUGCACUGCACUGGAUCAAGAACCUGGAAGAAUUUCAACGUUCACCAGACACUUUUCUGAAAUCCAGAGAGAUCACAGCGCACCACUUUGUUUUGGACAUCCUUCAGGUUCUCUAUCAUGAAAAUCUUCCUGAAAAUGUGAAGCUUCAGAUGUUGUUUCUUCUUCAAGAAAAGGUUUCAAGUCUUUUCCUUGAUUUGAUAAGUGUAGAAUGUGCAGUACAAUCACUAAAGGAAAUGUUUCUUCCUGCACAUAAAGCCAUGCUUGAGCUUUACACAGCCCAGACAUCAAGUAGCUUUUACCCAAACAGCAAUGCUUCAAGGGCAGACUCAAAUCCAAGUUCAAGGAGGGAUAUGACUCCUUAUUCCCUGGUUGCUCAGUCAUCUCAGAUUUAUCUCAGUCAGAUUUUGGUUACAGGAACCGUCAUUCUUAUCUCAAAGGAAACUCUGGAAAACAAUCAAGAGGUUUUUGUUGAUUUUGUUGAAGUCCUGACUGAUGUCAUAGAUGUGGUAAACAACCCUUUCAAUCUACUUGUGAGGAGAACUGCUUGUGACUGCCUUUGGGAACUAGAAAUGUCAUAUCCAGGUCUUCUCCAUGCAAAAUUGGAUCAUUUUUAUGCCAAAAGUGCUGCGGAGAACAGUCCUAUAUUUCAGAGUUACAUGGUCUUGUUUGUAACAGUCUUGCGCCAUGCUAUGGAACUCUUAUUACAAGAGUCUGCGAAUAGACUGGAUGACAACUGUGUAAAUAGUUUACUUACAAGCCGUACAGAACCUCUGAAGCCACUUUACUUACCCAAAGAUGCUUCAAAGCAGUUUUUACCAGUAACAAUUCAGGCUGGAGCAUUGAGCUCCAGGUCGUUGACUUUACCAGAGAAUGUUGACACCAAGGAAUUGAAAAGAGCAGUUUCCUUCUUGAUGGACAACAUUGGUUUUCUUAACACCACUGGAAUUUUCCAUGUUAUGUUCCAACUCAUGCAAUGCGUGAAACUAGCAGAACUUGCCCCAAAUAUGUUCAAAUCACAGUUUAUUACUUGGGUUUCCACAACUGAUCUUUCUGUUUUUCAUGUUCUACUUCUCUUAAAGCUUAAAUUUUCAGAUGAUUUAUUCUUGGAAGGCGACGAACUUCUUCUUCUUCACAGAAUGUUGUUGGUGUCGAGUCAGCCCACUCUGGCACAAGGUCAGCGGUUGUUGUGUUUUGAGUGGCUUAUGCACUUUCCCACUGAAGAGGACACCCUAAUUUUACAACCAACCGUUCCUCACUGCUUGGAUUAUUCACAGUUUCGUUUCUUUUACCCGUCUGUGUUCGAUUCUGUAGAUGUGACAGUUGAUAAACUCAAGGUUCUGUGUCUAUGCUUGGAUCAUGAGACAUUACAUUCAUCAGUCUCUGCUGGUGUCCCAUUAAUGCAAUGCCUAAUGCCACUUCUUAAGAGAGUCCGUCAGGGAAUCGGAGGCAAGACUGUGGUAGCACUGUUUAGAAUUCUUUUCUGGUAUUACAAACAUCACUGGGACUCGGAGCUUGAACGUGAAAUUUACAAGCUAGUGUUGUCAAUAGUAACUGACCACCCACAGUUCAUACCUCAUACUGUAGAUUUGCUAAACUCAGUUUCUGCCAUAACUCCAGACAGUAAACUUCCCACCGAUUUACUGCGAUCUCUGAGCGACCAUGUAGUGUCGCAGCCAGUGGAGUCUGUUCUACCAAACUUAACGCAUCAUCUCAAAUUACUUUCCCUUGCAAUGAGAGGUUCAGAUAUACAACCUUCACCAACCAUGCGUUUUUUGAUUCAAAUCCUUGACAAAGCGGAUAUCGCCCGCAAGGGCGACUGGACUGUUGGAAAUUGUGUACUAGCUGUGUGCUACAGUAUUCUUUUACAUCAUAAUUCGAGCUCAACAAUUACAGAACUUGGCAAUCUGUUGCUUUUUAUAUGUGCAACAUACCGGGACAUCGAUAUCAGAGACCAUGCAAGAUUUUACUACUGUCUUUUGACUAAUGUAUCGAGUAAAAAGUGUUCCAAAAUACUAACCUCCGAGACAGCAAAGCAAGGUCUUCCUCAUGUCAUCGCUGAUGAUAUCACAACCAGCACAUUUCCCGUUCCUCCUCCGGUAAAACACAUCAGUUCGCCUUUUCUCAAGCUUACAAGGGUCCCACGGCCAAAAUUGGAAGGCUCCCUGACUGAUUUGAAGCUUUCAAACCAUGGCGAAGCUAAGGAGUUCACCACUACAAAAGGUCUGUUAGAUCAUUAUCUCAAGAUGGUCGACGGAAAUGCCUAUGGUGAAGAAAUCCCCAUAAAGUAUUAUGUCCACUUUACAGAUUCUUCGACUCUACCUAUUCCAACGAUUAUCUAUGCUUUGGUUCUGAAAUUUCACACUGACAGAAGAUACAAGCAACUCAAAGACAUUCACAUCUCAUACUUAUCGGCCGCUAAGUCGACAUCUCCAUCUGAAGGCUGUUAUGUGAUAACUGUAAACUUUUGCCCUCUCGAUCCAGUACCCGCCGUGUUCAAAGUUAGAGCGAUAUUCAGUGAUGAUAAUGGUUUAACUAGUGCAAUGCAACUGGAGAAUUUGCCAGUUCAGUUUUGUGACUUGUUUAAUCCUCUUCAAGUGCCAGCUUACUUCAAGACUGCACCGGUAACGAGUGUCAGAGCAGAACUUUUCUCUGUGCUGUGGGAUCACAUAGUUAAAGUGCAGCGCACCAGUGAAUACCCCGCGGGGACUGGGGCUGAAUCAAUAAUCUCCCUCUCGGUGAAGUGGAACACCAUGGGAAACAUCUUAGAGGAACACUUGCUACCGUUUGUUAUGAGUGCUUCAGAUGAUGAAGUUCACCUUGGUAUUUUCAUGCCACCUUGUCAGCAUCUUUUACUAAAAUUCCGUCCACUAAACGAUCUUACUGUUGUUACCAUGGCGACUGAUGAUUGGCGGCUACUUCAACUCGUGGAAUCUUACCUGCAACAAUUCGAACACGUCAACAGAUAACCUCUUCAGAAGAUUUACUGUAAACUCAUUUAUUAAAAAACUAGGCGCCCAGACAGAAAUAAUUUCUUUAUCGGACUUAUACGUACCACGGAAAAAGUGUGGUUUAACAGCCGGAUGAUUUGAUCAGCCACAGAUCUCUGUUAGGGAAAUUUGAUUACUACCUCAAGGACAUGUUGCACUGAAUGAGCAAGCUACUGCUCUCUCUCAAGUAUCUGGGAUUUUGCAAAAUAUAUUCAAACUUUUCAAAACAUGAAAGGGUUAAGGAGUUUUACCAACUCCAGGAGAUCGAUCAACGCAUGGGCUCUGUGUUCAAAAAAGUACGGAGUCUUAACACUGUUUCUGAAUGUUUUUUGAGGAACACUUGUACCUGAAUUAAGGUAAUUUUAUAUAAAUAUUUUGGAAAUAUUUUGUCUUUAGAGAGAAAAUUGUACACGAAGUACUUCUAUAGAAAAAAAGGCAUAGAGGCUAAGUCUACCAACCCCACCCUUCCUAACUAAAAUUAUUACACUUAUGAAGGUUUAGUAAAUAAACACAGACUUGAUGUCGUAAAUUUUUUAUUA